CUUGUAUUAGUGAGGUAGACAAAGACUGAAAGAAAUGCAGAAACAGACAGGGAGUUCCAGAGUUUACAGCAGAACAAAGACCCCUAACUGUACCCAAAGCAGCAAAUAGGGAGCCUUAAACUGUACCAUACUUUCAAGAAGGACCCUGAACUUUACCAUACAUUAAAAAGAAACCUUUAAAUAAUACCAUAUAUUUAGGAAGGGAGCCCUGAACUGUACCAUGCAUUCAGAAACACAGCCGAAACCGAACCACACUUUCAGAACAACUGUACGAGCUCCGCAAGACAAGCCUGGCUCGGGUGAUCUGCGACAACAGUGACAAGCUACAGUACGUCCAGCCCAAAGUAAUGCUGGAGGCCGACUCUUUCCUUGGCUUGGCAGAGGAGAGAACAGAUCAACCAAGCAACGUCCUUCACUGACGGGUCGGUGAUCUACGGGUCCAGCAAGGAGGAGAGCGACGAGCUGCGUGCCUUCUCUGGCGGCCUCCUCAAGGUGCAGCGCUGCCCGGCAAACACCCAGAUUCUUACGGCCGACACCAACCAAAUUGACUGCAAGACCUCAGGAAGAUUCAAGUGUUUGAAAUCCGGUGAUGUGCGGGUGAAUGAACACAUCGGUCUGGCCGCAAUGCACCAGCCGUUCGUCAGGGAGCACAACCGCAUUGCCGUCUUGCUUUCGGACCUCAAUGCCCACUGGACUGAUGAGCAAGUGUUUCAAGAGGUGUGCAGGAUUGUGGGAGCAACUCUGCAGCACAUCACCUACACUGAGUUCCUCCCCUCUAUUCUUGGCCAGGGCAUUAUUGAGAAGUAUGGCCUGGCACUGCAGUCAUCAGGGUUCUUUGCUGGGUAUGACAUCAACAUCAACGCUGGCAUUGCCAAUUCUGUGUCGUCGCAGGCCCUCAAAUUUGUGGCCUCUCUCAUGCCAAAUACUGUGGCAUAUUUUGAUGAGGAGAAGGUGAAAGAGCGUCCCAUCACAGACACCUUCUAUGCUCCCUUCGACCUUUACAAGCCCAACAAGUUUGACCAGGUGCUGAAGGGCCUCAUCAGCUCCCACGCCCAGAAUGAGGACACCGCCAUCUCAGACUCCAUGACCAAUAAGAUGUUUGAGGAUGAGAAGAUUGGUAUGUACUUUGUGUGUGUGUGUGUGUGUGUGUGUGUGUGUGUGUGUGUGUGUGUGUGUGUUUUCACCUGCUUGAAAUCAUAAACUGAGAUUGCAAGG